UGAUUUGUUCCCGUUCAUGCGAGUAAGGCUUUUGUGGUGCAUUAUCUUACCUUCUGUCCUCUUUCAAGAAAAAAAAGAUUUGUACCGAUUAUUCUGUUUAAUGCAGUCUAAAAUUUGAUUAAUGUGAAAAACAUUUUGUUCAUUUAAAUCUUCUAUACCGACAGUUUUUUCAUCAUUUGUUAGAACCAACAUGGAGAACGCACUAGCACAUGGUAUAGGAGUACAAAAUAGAUAUGCCUUAUUUUAUGACGAAGAUGUUGAUCCUUUGGAGAUACUAAGGCAACAGGAAGAAGAAAAGCAAAAGCGUAAGACUGAUAAAACUCAGUGCAAAGAUAAAGGUAAAGUUGUGAAAUCUGGAAAACAACCUGCGUCUGUUGUGUCGCCUAAAAAGCCUGUUGAAAAUUUACCUGUGAAAACGGCUAAACCCACAGAAAAUGUAGAUGCAACCAACAAGUCCAGAGGAAAGCAAUCAAAUGAGCGACCAGCUAGGAAUUCUACAAAUUUCCAAGAAUCAAAAGAUAUAGAAGACAGGAAAAAUUUUCGGAAUCGGGAUGAUCAGUUUUUUAACGCAGAGUCAAAGGAACGAGAUGGUGAAUUUCGUAGAGGAAGAGGUGGUUUCCGUGGCCGCGGAGGGAGAGAUCGUGGAAGAGGAUAUUUUGGCAAUGCUGAGAAUAGAAAUCGGCGUAUAUUUGAUCGCCACAGUGGCAGUGAUAAAACUGGUGUACGGCCAGUUGAUAAGAGAGAUGGAGCUGGGCCUAAUAAUUGGGGAGAUAUCAGAAGUGAUAUUAACCAGCGAAGAGAUGAUACAGUUUGGGAUGAAGAAGAAUUUGAUGCCAGUGGUGAUAAGCCACGAGAAUCUGGUAAUUGGGCUGAUGAUGAGCCAGUAGCUGAAACUUCAAAGUUUGGCAAGAGUGAUGACUCAUUUGGAAAAAUUAAUGAAGGUGUUGAAAGCUCAGAGUUCAAAGAAAAUGAUCAAGUUCCAGAGGAGCAAGUGGAAGAAUCUGUGCGAGAGAUGACCCUUGAUGAGUGGAAACGGGAGCAGGAAGCCAAGAGAGUUGUGCCGAAGUACAAUUUGCGCAAACCUGGAGAAGGUGAAGACGACAAGCAGUGGAAAAAAUCUUAUGUUUUGAAGAAGAAACUCAAAGAUGAGGAUGAAGAACAAGAUGAAGAUGAUGAAGUUGAAGACGAAGACUUUGGGCGCAAAGGGCAGCAUCGUCAACUCCUGGAUAUUCAAAUCAACUUCAGCGAUUCUCGUCGUGGCACUCGUGGAAGAGGACGUGGAGCAAGAGGUGGGCCGAGAAGUGGUGGUAAUCGUGAUGUUCCUAGAGAAGAUCGUGCUCGAGAAAACAGAGGCCGUGGUGCAGGUCGUGAGCCAUCUAAAAUAAAAGCUGGGCAGCAGUCUGCACCUCGUGUGGAUGAUUUUAAUGAUUUCCCGUCAUUAAUAAAUGCUUAAGAACUGAAUUACUGGUUUAUAGGUUACAUUCCUGCCUUGCAAUUGUUGCUUCAUUUGUUUCUUCCCGUCAGGAGAAUUUAUCCAAUGAAAAGGUUUGCAGAUGCAAAUAUUUUUCCUGUAGAAGUAUAUAAUGUGUGCACCUGCAUUUUAUUUCACUUGAGGAGAACUCUGAUUCAAGAUUUGCCAGAUUGGAAUGUAAGACUAUAAACUUUGAACUUUGUUUGAUUAUUAUUUUGAAACAUUUAUCUUGUUUGAAAAAGAAACAAUUUAGAUUGUUACCUUUUAUGUGUUAUAUGCUACAUCUUAUGCUGGGUAUCAAGAUCAUGUCAUUCAUAUGAUCAGCUUGUCGUUUGCCUUAUGUGCAUACAGUUCGAUGGUAAAACAAAUUUAGCAAUUCAUUGACGUUUUAUACUGCCUACAAUUUUUUUCUUGAAAAAAUGUUGUUUAUCAGAUGUGAUGUAACAAGAAAUAAAAUUAGUACCAUUUUGUUAACUACACUUUUGGUUUUCAGCUUUUUAAUGAGUGUUUUCCCGUUGUAAAAUAGAGACAAAUAUAUCUUAUUUCUUGGUAUUUCUUUCGAAUAUUUAAUUUUUUCUUCUUGUAUAAUUACAAGUCUCUCAAAACGUGAAUUAGUCUAGUUUAGUUACUUGUGCAACUUUUUAUUUUAUGUUUGAUGUUUGUUUUCAUGUGAAUGUAUGAGGUAGUAUGCAUUAAUAUUCAUUCAAAUUUUAAAUAAGAAUGUUGUAAUUUUCAACUUAAAAUUGUUCUAGUUAGUGAACCAACAAUUUAUUUUUCCUUUUGCUAUAUAUGCGUAAUUAACAGAUGGUACAUAUUUGCAACCUUUAAUAAAAUUGGUUUACAGGUCAUCUAUGUAUGAAUUUGUUUCAUAAAUUGAUUUGCCAUUUUCUACUUAGUUUUUGUGUUGCAUCAAGAGGUGAACUAUGUAUAGGUAAUUUUUAUAAGAAAUGUUUUGCAGGUUAAGUAACCAACUUGAGUUGUAAAUAAAUUUUUUUUUUUUCAAAAAAUCAGUACUUAAAAUGUGGAUAAGUAUUCCACAACAGAAGUUUUAAUUAAAACUCAAAAUAAUUUUCAUUGAAUUUUAAUGUUAACCUGUUUUAUAUUUUACUCUAAAUCUAAAAUUCCGUCUCAUGUAAUAAUAAUGUAAAUCUAAUAAAGAAAUUGCUUUAUGGAGAAUUUAUUUUUCUAUUUUCUCGAGCAAUAUGAAGACAGUAACACUCUUAAAGAGGCUGAAUUUUUUGGUAUCUUAUUUCUUUAUUUUAUCUUAAACUUAAGCUAGAAAGUUAAUUUUGUCCUUUAAAUGAUUCUGUUAUUGCAUUUUCUUUUAACAGUAGAUUCCUGGUUAUACAAAAAUCAGAAAUGGAAAGGAAUUAAGUAAAAUUAAAAAUGUUUAUUGAAAGUAUAUUUUAAAAAUUGGUUGUGUUUUUAAAUAUUCAUUGUGACAUUUGUAAUAAACCAGCUGUCUUAAAAUUUAAUGAUGCAAAGAGGUUAAAUAAUUAAUUUUGGGCCAAGGACUGAUGUUUUAAUGUGUUAUCAUCAUAGAUAAUAUGCUGAAUUGAAUAAUUAGGGUUACUGUUAGCAUUCAUCCAUGUAGCCAUUUAUUGUAUAAUUACUCAUGUAACUUCUUCCAUAAUGUUCUAUAACUAAUUGCAAAGGGGCCACAAAUUGUACACAGCUUUGAAAAAUAGAAUAGUGUUGUAGGCUUUACCAGAAAUUUUAAUGUGGGUGAGAAUUGCAUUUAUUGAUCAUUUAUUGCAAAAAUGUUUUCAUAUAUUUUUGCAGAAUCUUGUUCUAUUAGAUCUAUUAUGGUAGCAAGAGCAUCUUAUCCAGCUUUAUAACCAAUUUUUAUACUUGUAAAAUAAUUAUGUGUGAAGUCGAAAAUUUUGAAAUGCUGCUGUGAUUAUUUUCUGUGUUUGCAUUGUUUUUCCUUAGCAAUUUUUAAACAUGAUCAUAAAAUAAUAACACACUAUAUCAUGACUAAUGUGAAUUUAUGUUAUACUUUUUCUGUGCCUGGCCCUGUCAUCCUGAAUUUUGAAAUUAGACUUGUAUUACAAGUAAUGAAAAUGCAGUUAUACACUUUGUCAGAACAACUAAUUUUUAUGUACAAUUUUGUAUAUAAAAAAUUAGAAUAAGGUGUGUAAUGUAAAAUAUUGUAUGUAAUCUCCUGUUAGCGCAUAUAAAUAGUUCUUUUAUAUUUUGCUGUAUACAUCACUUAGUAUGUAUACUGGCAACACUUCCUUAAACAGAAGGCGUUGAUACUGGAUAAUCCGGAGUCUACUGUAUAUAGGAAAAAUGAGUUAUGAACUGACGCAAAUGUAUUGGUAUUCACUUCAUUUUAAUAAAAAUACAUUUAUAUCAUAUAGGUUAUUUGAAACCACAUGUUUUCAUUUCUCUUCUAUAAGAUAAGAUUUUAAAAAAUAAGACUUAAUUAUUACGAAUUUUAGAUAAGUCCUGUUUUUGGUUAUACCUAUGAUAAUUUUUAAACAGUAGAAUUAAAUCUAUUAAAAUUAUUUUUAAUCCAGAUUUUUCCCUUGUUAACCAGCAGUUUCUAUGAUAAUAAAGCUCAAUGGUUAUUGAA